GUUUCUCUCCCUUUUUGGUCUCACGCCUAGCCUUUUAUUCCACAGUUUUGCUCUCCUUGUAACUUUACAGUAAACAUUUCGGAUGCUUCACAAUUACGAGAGCGCCGGGUCCUGGAGUGACCCAGCGCAAAACGCAGAUAGCAAUGGCGCAGCAGCAGCAGCAACCGCAGGCGGUGUGCUUGCCCAGGGCACGAUGCUCCAAGUUGGGCAGCAGUCGUGCGCCGGUGAAGCAGUUCCUCUCUGAAGGUGGCCAUGCCAAUGUAUACCUGGUAACAAUGAUCAGCACGGGGACGACAAAGGUCCUCAAGCACAUAAAGUUUGCGCACGACGAGCCCGAGCACAGACAGCGCGUCGAGAAGGAGAUUCAGCUCAUGCGUCAACUCUCGGGACACGCAAACAUUGUAGCGCUCGAUGACGCGGAGAUUGGCGACGGGCAGGCGCCUUCUGCUGAUGGACCAGUGCCACGGUGAUAUUCUUGGGCUGAUAAACAACCACCUGCCGCGGCACUUGGACGAAAAGACAAUUCUGCACAUAUUGGCGACGCAUGUAAGGCCGUCGCGCACAUGCACUACCAGCGGCCACCUGUGCUGCACCGCGAUUUGAAAGUGGAGAAUAUCUUGGUUGGCGACAGCGACUACAAGCUGUGCGACUUUGGAUCGGCCACAGACCAGCUGGUGCAACCCGACAGACGCGUGGCGCGUGAUCCAGGUCGUGGCGCUGGAAGAAGAAAUCCAGCG